ACUCCCAGUCAGUCCCUGCUCUCGACUGUUUCCAUUAUGUCAUCUCCGAUGGGAUUUCCCCAUAUCAGCAGUGUGGACUUCCUAAACGUCACUUUCUUUUCUCCACCCUCUCUUUAAGAGCCUGCACAUGGGGAUUUAUUUCAUUGACAGAAUCAGAAUGGAGCCAGCACCUCACCUUCUGCUGCAGAGCCUUUGGGACAGGAUAAGAGAACAGGACAACCUUCUCCGAUCUCCUUUAUUCCCUGUCCUGUUCUCCUUCACACUCUACAUUUUCUGCUGCCUGCCUUACCUCUGUCUAGAUUUACUGUCCACCAGGGUGGCUCUAGUGCGCUGCUACAAGAUUCAGCCCCACAUCACAGUGACCUGGGCCAUGGCUUGGAACUGUCUGGCCAAGUCCCUUUACACUCAUGCUGUGUUCAUCUUCCCUCUGGGUGUCCUUCACUGGUACUGGAGGCCCGUGGUCCUCCCUGCCCAAGCACCUGGAGCUUGGGCAGCUGCCUGGGACGUGCUGGCCUGCCUCCUGCUUUUCGACCUGCAGUACUUUGUGUGGCAUAUGCUACAUCACAAGGUGCCCUGGCUCUACCAGACCUUCCACAAGGAACACCAUCGCUACACGGCAACCUUCGCCCUCACCACCGAGCACUCGGGCGUCUGGGAGACCCUGAGUCUGGGCUUCUUCGCGGCUGUCACACCUGUCCUGUUGGACUGCCACCCGCUCACCAAGAUGCUUUUCUUCUCCCUCAACAUCUGGAUGUCCGUUGAGGACCACUCUGGCUAUGACCUGCCCUGGUCCCCACACAGAUUGGUGCCUUUUGGUCUUUACGGCGGAGCUCCUCACCAUGACCUGCACCACUUAAAGUUCAAUGUGAACUAUGCACCGUAUUUCACUCAUUGGGACAGGCUCUUAGGCAUGCUGUACACCGAGACAGCUGAUGCAUCCGAUGUGCUGCUAAAGAGAACAAUAUGAAGUACAAUAUGAAGACUGCAGAUUCAGUUCAGAGGAAAGUAAGAAAAAGACUCAAAUCUGAAGAUUCACAGUUUUGAAAAAAUGGAGGAUUGUGGUGCAUUGUGGUAUUAUGUUGUGAAUUUUGUUACCAGUUCAGUGUUUCAUGAAUGUUUCAAUAUUGCCCUAUUUUCUUUGGAAACGUUUUGUUGGUUUUAUUGUUGUAUAAAGCUUUUGUGUAUUCUACUAUGUUAUGUGACUCCGGAUAAAUAAAUGUGCAAUAUUUUAUAUGAUAUAAUAUUUAAAGUUUUACUGUUAUUAUUAUUCAUAAAAUGAAAAACAUUAUGUGAUCAUACAUUUUGUAUGCAUAACCUUGUUUUAUAUGAAUAUAUAUGUUUUUUUUUACAUUGAUGUCUGAAUGAUAUUCUUAUACAUUACACCUUGUGAAUCAGGUAUAACAGGUCUGUGGUUUUGUGGAUCAAAACGCACCCACAAUAAAACAGACAGACAAGUCAAGUAGGAUGCUCAUUCAUCCGAAAUAAACUUUUUUCACAUGUGAUUAUGUUCAUGAAUGAGUCAUAUUAAUGAAUAGCAGGGAUGGGAAGGUACUUUCUUGCAUGGACAUGUAUCGCAAGGCUUUAGUAUGGUCAGGUCUGCUGAGUUCAUCAUUGGCAGGAAGCUCCUUAUUAGGUUAGUAUAUGUUAAUAUGUGUAUUAGAGGUAAAGUGUAGUGUAUUGUAUAUCAUUUUGUAAAUUAGGAGGUUUAUUAUAUUACAUUUUAGUUUAUCAUAGGUGUAAUCUAUGU